AUGCGCCGCACUGAAGGGCACCUGCCAGAGUUCAUUAACCCGAAGUUUGCGGACGAGACGCGGACGGCCUUCAAGAGCCCAGCACGUCUGGAGUGCAUGAUGCAAGACUACCCGAAGGUACUCUCCUCGAGCGCGCGCGUCGGGUUCACGCGGUAUCCGCUGGAGUUCGGGUAUUUCCCUUGCAAGAACGACAUAGCAACCGCGGCGAGGCUGUCGGCGGCUGGGGUGCCGCCACACGGCGCCGCGUCUUCGGAGGCUGCGGUCUACCACGCCAACUGCACGCUGCUGCGGCUCCUCGGAGCGGACGUGGCGCCCCCAGAGUGCAGGACGUGGCGCGGCGGUACGCAGGAGGUGGGGCCCGCAGUGGUGCUUUCGCCCAGCUUCGCCCCAUGCUUCUCCGAGCUGAGGUUAAAGCUGCCUGCACCUGGCAGGGUGCGAAUCAGCCUGCGCUCGAACUUGCUGCUGGACGGCGAUGGAAUAGUUGUCGAAUCGCUGGACCUGGACGGAGCCCUGACCGUGAAGGCCGCACCUGGCGUGCAGCUGCACAUCCGUUGUGCCUCGACGGUGCGGAACGCGGGCUGUGAGUUUGUUGCGUUGACGGACGAGGAACAGCGGGGCGAGGCUCCAGAAGAAUUGCGGAUCCGCGGCUACCGGUUGGUGAGGCACGAAGUCAAGGAGGUUAUCGUUGCCGACCCUGGCUUGUACGAGCUGACGGACGAGGGGCUUGCGAGACUAGACGCCAACGGCGACACCGAGGCUCGCGAGCAGGGCGCCCCCCGCAAAGCCGAGCCGAUGUUUCAACGCCCCUGCCGGCUCGCUGCGGGUAGGUUCCACCUAGGCCGCGCGCCGCUGGGGCCGCGAGCCCUCGCCGCGCUCGUGGCGGGCGCCUCGGCGCUGCUCGUCGCGGCGGCCUUUGCGAACCCAGGCGCGCCCGCGCCCGCGCGCAGCUCCUUGGCACGGAGGCGGAGUUCCACGGGCUCGUCCGAGCUGAGAGGGGACGAGGUCGUGGCUGUGUUCGGCGCCACGGGCCGCACUGGGCGCUUGGUGGUGGACGAGCUGCUCCGCGCGGGCUGCAAGGUGGUGGCACCAGUACGUAACGCGUCGAAGGCCGCCGAAGUGCUGACGGAGGACGAGCGCCUCGUGAUACUACCAUCAGACGACGAGGCCAUCCGCGUGGCGUGCUCGCAGGCAUCUGCCGCCGUGUGGUGCGCGGAGGGCGAGGACGUCGCGGCGGUGGGCGCAGCUCUGGCGGAGCACGGGCCGCGCGAGGGCGGCCUGCCGAGGGUGGUCAUGUGCUCGUCCGCGGCCGUGACGCGGCCCACGUGGAGCGACGCACGGAAGCAGAGGAUGCCUGGCGCGGCGGACAUCCCCAUUGUGCGGCUGAACCCGGGUGACAUCUUGGGCGGGAAGAGAAAGGCUGAGGACCUUCUUCGGAAAAGCGGCGCAUCCUACGCCAUAGUGCGGCCGACUGGCCUCAAGGAUGGCAGCACUGGUUCUUGCGGCAGGUCCAGUCUCAUGAUGUCGGCGUCCUGGACGUAG